AUAUGACGUCCUCUCAGAACGCACCCUCCUGCGCGCUCCCAGCAGCACUUUCCUCACCCUGCCACAGCACUUACGAUAAUUGGCAACUGUCACAGAGCAGAUCGGCACUGCCAAGCAGUGACACCCACCAGUGCUACCCAGUAGUGCCCAGCAGUGCCACCCCAUCAGUACUCAUCAGUGCCUCUCAGCAGUGCCACCCAUCAGUGCUGUACAAGCAAUUUGCCCAUCAUUGCCACCCAGCAGUGCCACCAUCAGUGUCACCCAUCAGUGCUGCCUAUCAGUGUCCAUCAGUGCCACCUAUCAGUGAUCAUCAUUGCUGCAUAUCAGUGCAGCAUCAUCAGUGCCUUCUCAUCAAUGCCCACCAGUGCUGUCUCAUCAGUGCCACCUCAUCAGUGCGGCCUAUCAAUGCCUAUCAGUGCUGCCUAUCCAUGCCACAUAAUCAGUGCCCAUCAGUGCUGCCUAUCAGUGCCCAUCAGUGCUGCUUAUCAGUGCAGCAUCAUAUACGCACAUCAGUG